AUGUUGAUAAUGAAUGAAGAUCAAAAUAUUCUAAAUGAAUUAUUAUUAUUGGAAAAAGAAAAGGUCAAAACAUAUCCAUUAAAAAUUCCAAUACCUACUCAAAUAUCGAAUGAACAAAUUCAUGUUUUUAUUGAUAAUUCUAAUAUUCUUGUUGGAUUCCUUGCAACUUGUAAGUUACAAAAACACGCACAUAAACUUAACCUUAAUAAUUAUGAAAAAAGAAAAUCAAUGUUAUCAUAUACAGCUCUUUUUACUAUUCUUGAACGUGGAAGAAAUGUUGCUCGUAAAGUUUUAGUAGCAUCUUCGCCAUUAUAUCAAAAUCUUGAUGAGGCAAGAGAUGCAGGAUACGAUGUUUCGGUACUUCAACGUGUCAAGAAAAAUGAAUCAGAUGAUUUUAUCAUCACUACUACAAGCAAUACUAUUACCAAUACUAAUAAUAUUCAAGAAUUUCUUCAUGAAGCAGAAAAGGAACAAUGUGUUGAUGAACUUCUUCAACUUAAAAUAUUCGAUUCAUUGCUUGAUUAUCAUACACCCGCAACUUUAGUACUUGCAAGUGGAGAUGGUAAAGAUGGUGAAUAUUUUCAAGGUGGAUUCCACAAAUGUGUCAUUAAAGCAUUGGAAAGAGGUUGGAAAGUUGAGAUCAUAAGUUGGAAACGUCAACUUAGUCAAAAUUUUUUGAACAAGAGAUUCUUAAAUAGAUGGAAAGGACGAUAUCAUGUUGUUUUUUUGGAUUGGUUUUCCAAGGAAUUGGGAUGCGAAUAUUAA